AUGGCCAUCACCGAGUUCCUCUUUCCAGCACUAAAGAAUGAUAAAGCUUCAAUCGAGAUAAUCACACGCAUUGCCCCAACAUUCCGCAAGAAAUUGACACAGCCAAAUCCUGGACUUCUCAGUGGGUUCCGAGGAUUCAUUGUCACCGAAAAUGGAAAGGACGUGAAAGCAGACUUCAGGGAGAUUGUCAUCUUUGAAUGGAACAAGAUGGAGUCCUUCCAAAACUUCAUCAAAUCAGAUCAGCUCCAAAAUGCCGCUUCAACCAUAAAGCAUUUGAUGACCGGACCACCAACACUACAGGUCUUUGACAUGAAUGUUGGCCCUACCGACGCAGCUUCAUCGCCGAUUGUUGAGAUAAUCCGGACUACCAUCUCGAACGCCAACAAUGUCGACAUCUCUUUGAAAGCUUGGGAGAAACUGUCUGAUAUCGUGGCCGAACGUAAAUCUCCCACUGCAUACGGGACUAGCUCUAGUCCAGAGAAUGAUAUUGUUGCUGGGAUGAUCGGCUGGCAGGGGCUCAAGGAAUACUCGGAAGGAUCUCAAGAAGAGGGCUUCCUGGAAGCUAUGGAGUCCCUCCAGUCCUUGGGAGAGGUCUCUCGAAUCCUUGUGGAAGUUGAAGCGAUAGAGAUCGGUCCUCUUUAG